AUGGGUGCAUAUCCAGCCGAGAUCAUCAUCAUCAUGAUGGAGAGCCAGCUUUGCCUUCUCGCCUUCCUUCUCUGGCCCUUGCCUACGGUGCACAGCUCUAUCUGGGCAUGGAUGUACUCUUUGCCACAGGGUGCCAAUGAGGUGCCACCCCGCAGGGACUCUGGAUUAUCAUCCAGCCAGGAGCUCACGGUGGCUCUGUGCAGCCAUGGGAUAAAUUGUCCCCAGGGAUUCUUCUGUGACCACCACUUUGGACUCUGCCUACCCUUCAGGCAAGAAGGGGAAUUCUGCCGUCAGGAUGCCCAUUGUGCCACAGGGCUAAGCUGCAUGUUUGGCAAAUGCCAGCAGGCUGUAUCUGGUGGGCAGGAAGGUGCCCGCUGCCAUCAUGAUAAGGACUGUGCUCCAGACACUUGCUGUGCACGCCAGCAUGGGGAGAUGGUCUGCAAGAACAGACUGCUUUUAGAUGAAGGGUGCUACAUCCCCGAAGGAGGGAUUGCAUUCAGCGUGAACCAGGUGUGCCCCUGCCUGAAAGGACUAGUUUGCAAAAAGAUACUCCCUAACCGAGAGGUAUCAUUUGAAUACUGGUCAGAUAAAAGUGACUGGAGAUGCCAAAAAAAAUAGGCAAGAAGGAAGUGCGGAGUUUUUAAAAUAGCUGUAUUUAUUCCAUGUAAAUAACACUGUAUAUAGAGCUGUUUUACCCUCCUCUU